AAGCAAGUCCUGCCUGCAGCGACGAGGACUAUAACUGCCCACGAUGCAUUCAAUGCGCCGGCUCUCUCCAGCUAACCCGCCACUGAUCACAGCUGACUGUAGGCCAUUUCCCAGCCGAUCGCUCCAACCGAAACACUCAGCGUCGCCCACUAUUUCCGUGCCUACUGUCCACGAUGCCUGUCACCGAAUACUCGCGCCUCACCCUCAAACAAGGGCUCAAUAAAGAGCAGAUAAUUUUCGCAAAGCGGGGCCUUUCCCGCGCGAAGAAGCUUAUGGAGGACUUUACAGGCCACGACUUCCACAUCUUCCAAGAGGUCGAGGACCCGGACCACAUAUACAUUGUUGGCCAGUGGGCGUCGGUGGAGCAGCAUAUGAAAUCUUGGAUACCGUCGGAAGCGAACCAGGGUCUGCUGAAGGACCUAGGGCCUCUUGUCGAUGUGGAUUACCUGUUUCACAUCGUCGUGUCCUUUGGUUCGAUCCCUCCUAGCGAAAAAUCACCCGUGUUCAGCAUUGGGAGGCAUGUGAUGGAGAGCGAAAAGCGUCCCGAUUUUGAGAGCACGUUCGAGAGCCGCAGACACGGCUUAGAGAUGCACGCCCCGGGUUCAAUUAGUGGUGGAUGGCGUAUUGAGAAGGAGCCUGGCAGAGAAGAGUUCGUUCUCUUUACUCCCUGGAAGUACGUCUCUAGAAGUAUUCACUAAUACCCUGACUCCACUCACUUUUCGACUGCCGCUGACUCGUAUCCGCUGUUGUAGGGAGGUGGACCAGCACAAGGCUUUCGCGAAGACUAAAGACUUUGAAGGAUAUGUCGAGAUCAGCAAUCACCUUCUGCUCGAUGCUACCGAAAUACGUCAUGUAGCACUCAUGGAACUGCCGCAAUCAUAGGGUAGGAUGGGGUUGAGCUGACUUUUGGGCUCUAAGCAUUUCAUCAAUGGUAUCUUCAUGAAUGCCAGAUUGCCCCUCAUUUGCACUAUUAUGCGUGGCUACGUUGAGCAUGAAGCUAACUAUUCCUCCUUCAACGAGAGCGACUCUUCGCUUUCCGGUGCUCACUUGAAUUCAAAGCAGCAGGUGCUUGGUUGCGUUCUUAUCACGGUAAUUUACGCAAGACCGCAUGAGUCAUACGUGUUGCUGUUGCCUGCUAAUUGCAUGCAGCCUAACCCAGGUACUGUACAGUGUGCGGUAGGAUACAU